GAACACUCGGUACCGGAGAAUGAGAGAGACACUAACCAGACAUCACUCGACGAGACACUGGACCUACCAGUCCUUUAGUUUUUAUUUCGAUUUCCUCGUAUUUCCAGGUGUUUUAUAGUAGGAAAUAAGAUGGCCACGUCCGACAGCGCCACGUUGAGCAAAGUUGUGAAGCAGCAUUACAUGGAGCUCCCCCAGGGAGAUAAAGUCCAAGCCAUGUACAUCUGGAUCGACGGGACCGGAGAGGGUCUCCGGUGCAAAACCAGGACUCUGGAUGUUGAGCCCAAAAGCAUCGACGAUCUCCCCGAGUGGAACUUCGAUGGCUCCAGCACGGCCCAGUCCGAGGGCUCCAAUAGCGACAUGUACCUGAUCCCUGCUGCCAUGUUUCGGGAUCCGUUCCGCAAGGACCCCAACAAGCUGGUCCUGUGCGAAGUGCUCAAGUACAACCGCAAACCUGCAGAAACCAACCUUCGCAUCACAUGCAGCAAGAUCAUGGCGAUGGUGGCGGACCAGCAUCCCUGGUUUGGCAUGGAGCAGGAGUACACCAUCCUGGGCACGGACGGACACCCCUUUGGCUGGCCAUCUAAUGGUUUCCCUGGACCACAGGGUCCGUACUACUGCGGCGUGGGCGCUGACAAAGCCUACGGCAGAGAUAUAGUGGAGGCCCAUUAUAGAGCCUGUCUGUAUGCCGGAGUCGAGAUCUGUGGCACAAAUGCGGAAGUGAUGCCCGCUCAGUGGGAGUUCCAGGUCGGCCCGUCUGAGGGGAUCAAAAUGGGCGAUCACCUCUGGGUGGCGCGCUUCAUCCUGCAUCGCGUCUGCGAGGAUUUCGGCGUUGUGGCCUCGUUUGACCCCAAGCCGAUCUCCGGCAACUGGAACGGUGCUGGCUGCCAUACCAACUUCAGCACAAAGGAGAUGAGGGAAGACGGUGGAUUAAAAGCCAUUGAGGAUUCCAUCGAGAAGCUCGGGAAGAGGCACAGCUAUCACAUCCGCGCCUACGACCCCAAAGGGGGGCUCGACAACGCCCGCCGCCUCACCGGCCACCACGAAACCUCCAACAUCCACGAGUUCUCCGCAGGCGUGGCCAACCGCGGCGCUAGCAUCCGCAUUCCUCGCAACGUGGGCCAGGACAAGAAGGGCUACUUCGAGGACCGCCGCCCGUCGGCCAACUGCGACCCGUACUGCGUGACGGAGGCCCUGAUCCGCACCUGUUUGCUGAACGAGGAGGGAGCGGAACCAGCGGAUUAUUAAAUCCACGCCACUAAACGACUCCCACUGCCCUCCCUACCUUUCUUUAAACUAGUACUGUGUUUUUUUUCUCUCUCUCUCCCAAUGAGAUGAUUUUUAACUUUCAUUUAAUUGCUUAAAGUUGGCUGGUCAACUUAAAAAACAUGACGAGGUAAUAAUAUCCUUGGUAGUGAUGUGCUGGUAAUGGCAGGGUACGUCUUCCCCUCGUCUUUAGACGGGAUCGGCUUUUGUAACGAUGUUUUAUAGCCCAGCCCUUUUCUGUUUUGUUGGUGACUAAAAUGAACUAAAGCACACGGGAUCGUGAGGAGUAGAGCUGCCAAAGGUUGGACAGCAUGUGUAACUUAAUAAAACUAUGACUAGUUCAUGUACUGUUAAAAAAAAAAAAAAGGAAAAUCUGUUGACCUGCCUUUUUUAAGUAUCCAGUCUUCAAUGUUACUAAUUCUUUAUGACUCGUCUAUUUUUUUAAUUUUUCUUUUUUUAAUGGCAAUGUUUGUCUUCAGAUUGUUGGCACGCUUAGUCGACUUGUAGUGGUACACUUUGUAGAUGUCUGUACCCAGACGUAUGUCCUUCAAAUGUGGUGGUUUUGUCCAUAAUGCCAUUUGUAGAUUUCCUCAAGGAGUUUUAUCCUUUUGUUAACAGCGAUAUUGUAAUGCACUUGAUUUGGUGACGCCAUGUUUACAGGACCUGGUGUUUUUUAUUGAUGCAUUUAAAACUUUUAUUUUACCACAA